UCAAGUCUUCGACAUCGACAUCGACAGCAGCUGUAAUAAGAUUGAUGAGUGAGAGCAACUCCUCACUCGCCUAAACGCGCCACGACCAUGUCCGACCCGACUCCCACCGCCAUGGACGCCUUCGCAGACGACCCUCUAGUGCAGUCCAUUACGGCCUAUGUCAAAGAUUACAUGAGCCACUACGACGCCUCCCACAGCUGGGACCACAUCGAGCGCGUCGUCUCCCUGGCGCACCACAUCUACACCCACUCGGACCCGUCCUUCCGGUCGACGCUCGACCUGCGCACCAUCUACCUCGCCGCUCUGCUCCACGACGUCGGCGAUCACAAAUACCUAAAACCAAACGAAGACUCCGCAACCCUCAUCUCAACCGUCUUACAAUCCCACGCCUGCCCCGCAGCACUGGCCACCAAAAUCCAGACGAUCUGCCUCGGCGUGAGCUACUCGGCCGAAAUCCGAGACCCGGCGCGCGUGGCUUCGCUCAUCCACGCCCACCCGGAGCUGGCCGUCGUGCAGGACGCCGACCGGCUGGACGCCAUCGGCGCGGUGGGGAUCGGCCGCAUGUUCACGUUUGGCGGGGCCAGGACGACGGGCCGCAGCAUGGACGGGAGCAUGGAGCAUGUCGACGAGAAGCUGGUCCGGUUGGAGGGCAUGAUGAAGACGGCUGUCGGCAGGGAGCUGGCGAGGGUGAGGGGUGAGAGGUUGAGGGUGUUUCAGGGUUGGUGGAGGGAGGAGGUUGGGUUCGCUUUCUCGUCGCGUGGGGUGGAGGGGGCAGGGGGGAGGUGAUAUAUAUGUCCUGUUCCUGUAGGCUGUAAGUUGGCGGUGGUGAUACCCCUGGUGUUGUGAAUGGAUUAGGUAUUACUACUUUGACCCCUAUCUGAUCAACAUAGGUAGUUGUAGAGCCUCUGUUCCUAAAGCGCCCCUAUCAAGAUCCCAAGUGACUCCCGAUAAGUUCCCAUCCUCCAUACAUCCCACAUG